AUGUCAAGAGGAGCACAAACGGAAAAUCUAUUUGAUAUAUGGAGCUAUGAUGGGAAAUUGGUUUAUGAGGACAUCAUUGAAGCUACAGAGGAAUUUAAUUCUAAGCAUUGUGUAGGAGCAGGGGGGCAUGCAAGUGUUUAUAAAGCGCAGCUGCAAACAGGCCAGAUUGCUGCAGUGAAGAAACUUCACACGCUACAGGAGGGUGGAAUAACAAUUCUAAGGCUUUCGAGAGUGAGAUUCGAGCUCUCUCAGAAAUCAGCCAUCGCAACAUUGUGA